GUGCACUGUACCAAUGGACCCACUGUGCAAUCUAGGUCCGUGCUGUCACAUCACGCUAGAGAAAAUCUAACGCUCACCGCCCGCGAUUGCCCCACCGGCAGAUUGAAAUUUUCGAGCACAAGGGUCCAGGUCCCUCGAAAUUUUUUAGAGCUACCAACCACACUUUUUCUUCAUCAGCUUAAGACACAACCUUCUUCCUCUUUCAUUUCCAUUCAACCAUCCUUCCUACUCUAUUCACAAUAUCAACACAAAUUUUCACAAUUAAUCAAUACCUAAACCUCACAUCACAAUGGGAAAGGUCAAGCAAGCCAAUGGCAAGGCUGCCAAAGCCGCCAACCCCCUCACUGCCGUGAAGAACGCUGGUGUAACCAAGGCUACUGACAGCCCCAAGGCCAAGUCCAAGCAACUCGCCAAGGACGUUGCUACUAAGGCCGUAUCUAAGAAGGAGCUUGAGAAGAAGUCUAAGAAGUCUAAGAAGGUCGUCGAGCCAGAAUCCGAGUCUGAAUCCGAGGACGACUCCGACUCUGCUUCCGAAGACUCUGAGUCUGAGGAUGCUUCCGACGCUGACGAAGACUCCGAUGACUCUGAAGCUUCUGAGUCCGAGGAAGAGAAGCCCGCCGCUAAGGCGAAGGCUAACGGCAAGGUUGCUAAGCCCGUCACCAAUGGCAAAGCCAAGCCUGCGAAGGAGGAAUCCUCCGACUCUGACUCCUCCGAUGAGGAUAGCGAUGACAGUGAGGACAGCGAAGAUGGUGGUGCAGAUGCGACCAAGUCCGCCAAGCCUGCUGUCGCCGCCGCUAAGAAGGUGAACGCCAAAGAAGAGUCUGACUCUGACUCCUCGGAAGGAGAUUCUGACGAUUCGGAUGAUUCUAGCGAAGCCGAAUCCGACUCGGAGAAGGAGAAGCAGCCUGAGCAACCCAAGAAGCGCAAGGCUGAAGACGAGACUUCCACCCCAUACAAGAAGAGCAAGACCGAGGCUGAGGAGGAGCAAAGCUCCACUCUCUUCGUCGGAAACCUUGGCUGGGCCGUGGAUGACGACAAGCUCUACGAGACCUUCAAGGACUGCGCCGACCUUGUGAAUGCUCGUGUUGUCACAGACAAGAACAUGCAGCGCUCUCGUGGCUUCGGCUACGUUGACUUCUCCAAUCCCGAGGCGGCCCAAGCUGCUUUCGAGAAGAUGAACGGUUUUGAACUCGAAGGUCGUGGACUGAGACUCGAUCCUUCCAAGCCCCGACCCGCUGAUGAUGCUACCCCCAACGCCCGCGCAGCUGAUCGUGCCCGACAACAUGGAGACACCGUCAGCCCGGAGAGUGAUACCCUCUUCGUCGGCAAUCUUCCGUUCGACAUUGACCAAGACGCGGUUUUCGCGUUCUUCGGCGAAACUGCUGAGGUCAAGGGUGUGCGACUUCCUACUGACCCCGAGAGUGGAAAUUUCAAGGGCUUCGGCUACGUCACCUUCAACUCAGUUGAAGAUGCCAAGACCGCAUUCAACACCAAGAACGGUGCCUACAUUGGUGAGGGACGUUCGGGUCGUUCCGUCCGUCUAGAUUUCGCCAGCCAGAGGCCCCCUCGUGAUGACGGCGGCCGUGGUGGCGGUUUCGGUGGUCGUGGAGGAGGUCGAGGCCGCGGUCGCGGUGGUAGCGGCUUUGGAGGUCGUGGUGGUGGCGGCGGCUUCGGGGGCCGUGGGGGCGGGGGCCGUGGGGGCGGGGGCCGGGGUGGUGGCCGAGGUGGACGUGGAGGCUUUGGUGCUGCCGCCCGAGGUGGCAUGCAGAAGUUUGAGGGAAAGAAGAUCACUUUUUAAAGUGAUUUAGCCGCACUCGUGAGUUCAUUCUGAGGGUUCCCGAGACACGACGGUUGGCUUUGUGGGUUUGUCGGCUUCUCUGAAAACUAUAUACUCCUCCGGAGUUGUGGGCUUUGAGGGCUAAGCUUCGUUGCGAAGCUGUGAUUCAACCUGUGGGCUUGAUCGGAGGGCAACCUCCACGUGGGUUCUGAGGGCUCGAUGGUACGAGGGUACGAGGGCUUUAGACCGAAGACACGAUCGGUUGCGGGCGUUUAUAGUAUGCGCUCUUCUUCGCGUAUGCCAUCAUUGAAUCAGUCGGCUUUUCCUGCUGUGGGCUCCGAGGGCUUCUUUUAAGUCGACGAAGUUGGUAUGAACCUUCUUAUGUUCGAGGCUUGCCUCGAGCAUCUCGAAGCGGACCAAGCUUUUCAGACUACGAGGGCUUUAUGACGGCGUUUGGGGGUACCAAAAAGUUUUUCUCUUAUGAAUACUUGCGUUCCCUUUGCACAUACUCUUAAUACCAACCAAUCAACCAGGUUUCGGUGAGUAUACCAUGUCCCAUGCAUUCCCCAGAUUUCAUAAUCGCAGGUUUAUAGAUUCGCCCCGUCCAUAAUGAAAUUCAGUAUCAAUAACACCCGAAGUCCGUUUGAUCCGUGAAUGUGAAUUACGUAG